ACACAGAAAGAAAUUUCACCCAAAUCUCCGCCAUUUUCAAUUCUACACUUCCUAUUUCGUCACAAUCCAAUUGCGUUCGCCAUCAAUCAAUCAAUCAAUUUGUAAGUACACUCUGUGUGUAUCGUCUGCGCCCCCCUUUUUCUAUUCGGUGAUUUCAUCUUCUUCAAUUCAGUUUUGGGGUUUUACUUUUGCCGGAAUUUUCUGAAUUUUUUUGGGGCUUUUUCUUCGGAUAGUUUGAAGAAUGGCGGAGGAAUUGAGUCACGCUUCGAGAUAUGUGAAGUUGAACAAGGAUCAAGGCCCGAUGGAGGAGAUUAAGCCCGGCGAGCUUAAUCAGCCAAUCGAUGUUCCUCAGUUGCACGUUCGCAAGUGCAACGAAUGUGGACAGCCUUUACCGGAAAGCUAUCUAGCUCCUGCCGAUGAGCCUUGGACUACUGGGAUCUUUGGUUGUGCAGAAGAUGCAGAAAGUUGUAGAACGGGACUAUUUUGCCCUUGUGUUCUGUUCGGCCGCAACGUAGAGCAUGUGAGAGAAGAUAUUCCGUGGACCGGGCCAUGCAUUUGUCACGCUGUCUUUGUAGAGGGUGGGCUUGCAUUUGCUGCAGCAACUGCAGCCCUGCAUGGUUUUAUUGACCCAAAUAUGACAUGUCUCAUUUACGAAGGUUUGUUCUUCAGUUGGUGGAUGUGUGGGAUAUACACCGGCAUAAUGCGCCAGUCAUUGCAGAAGAAAUAUCAUCUCAAGAACUCGCCAUGUGACCCUUGCCUGGUGCACUGCUGCAUGCACUGGUGUGCUCUGUGCCAGGAGCACAGAGAGAUGAAGUCCCGAUUAUCAGAUGAAACCGCCAUGCCAAUGACACUUGUUAACCCACCUCCCGUUCAAGAGAUGAGUGCUGCACGCGAUUCACCAUCCACCUCAGCAAAUGCCAACCACCAAGUUCAUCUCGAGAUGCAAGCUUUAUAACAAACUAGCAGUAGUAUUGCCCUAUAUACUCUACAGAGAGCUUUUCAUUAGCUCAAGUUUUUAGUUUUCUUUUUCGAUAUACAAAACUGAUGACUGUAUAAUCUUUUCAAGCCCCUUU